AUGGGUUUCAAGACAGCACUAAAUAGUUUGGUAACUCCUACUAUAACUAAUCCACAAAUGUCUGGAAUACCUGACCUAUUAAAAAAUGAUAUAAUCAUCAACGAAGAGAUCCCAGAAAUCCUUAUUCCCAGGGGUUUGCCUGAAAUGAACUUCGAACCAAGGCUUCUUAAUCAACCAUAUGGUUUUGAUGGUCAAACUGACUUAUUGAGCCCAGAAAUUAAAGCUUCAAAUACUAGAGAAAACAAAAGAAAGGGAAAAGCGAAGAUGAAGAUGAGUGAGUUGCCUGAUAUGAAAUAUGAUUCUACUAAUCCAUUUGAGAUAACUAGCAAUGGUCAAGUUAAAAGAAAAGAAAUCAAGAAAGUUAAUGAGUUGGAUGCCUUAAAGCUUUCUAUCACCAACGGAGUUGAAGGAAGUUCUAAAGACCUACAAAAUAACGACAGAAGGGACAGGAGAAGAAGAUCGACCGAUCGGGAAAGAAAUGAAAGAAAUGAAAGAAAAGAAAGGAAAGAACGUAGAGAAAAACGUGAAAGAAAACAAAAGAGUGAACAGUUAAGAAUCCAAAGGAAUGAAGAUGCUCAGAAGGAUCAAGUGGCUUUGGAAGCUGAGGAACAGGCUAUCAGAGAAAAAGAAGAUCAAGGAAGAGUCGAUAAAGAGAAGAGAGAAAGAAGAGAAAGAAAACGAUUAGCUAAAAUUAAACAUGAGAAAGCAAAAGCUGAAAGAAAGAGGAUUGAACAGGAAAGAUUGGAACAGGAGAGAUUGGAACUUGAAAGGUUAGAAAGAGAACGAAUCGAGAGGGAGAGGUUAGAAAGAGAAAGAAUCGAAAGGGAAAUAAUCGAGAGAGAAAGAGUCGAAAGAGAGAGACUUGAACAGGAGCGACUUGAACAAGAAAGACUUGACAGACAAAGAAUCAAACGAGAAAGAAGGGAAAGAAGAAAAAGACAAAGACAGCGGGAAAUUGAAUCAGCAAGACUUGAAGAACUCAGAAUCCAACAGGAAAGAUUGGAAGCGGAGAGAAUUACCCUUGAAAGAUUAGAAUUACAAAGGCAAGAAGAAGAAAGAGAUUCGAGACGAAGAGAAAGAAGAAGAUUAAGAGAAAGACAACAACAAAUCAAUGAAUUGCCUUCGUAUAAACCAACACUUCAUAAAGAUCUUGAUCUUUUAUCCUUUGAUUCUCGAUUCAAACCAGUAAUCAGAUUCAACAACACCAUAACGAAUGAUGACCUACCCAAACUUAUGAACCAAUUCAAUGAAUUGGCUGCCUUCCCCCACAACAUCAACCUAUCAGAAUUAAACAUAAUUGAUGAUCAGUAUUUCGAUGACAUCAUCCCUGAUUUACUCGAUGAAGAUAAUCCACCUCCAUUUUCAAGAGGAGGAUCAAGAAUAAUCCGUGAUAGAACCAGUAGAAUUAAUGAUAAUUUAAUUCUUCAUGAUAUCAAUAAUUAUCAACAUUCUGAUCAAUUAUUAGUUCAUGGAGUUCAGUAUAACUCCAGAAUACAAUUACCUAAUGUUUCAUGA